AUGGCAGAACCAGCCCGCAACUUCCGUCAACUCACAGGCGUGACUGGUCUUAAGGUGCUGCGUGGUGUCUUUGUGCCUGGCAGCGGUAACAACACAACUACAGCCACACUUUCUGUCAGUAAAACAACAGGUAACAACACAACUAUACCCACACCUUCUGUCGGUAACACAACAGCUAACAACACAACUACAGACUCACCUUUUGUCGGUAACAUAACAGCUAACAACACAACUACAGCCACAACUACAACCACACAAUCUGUCAGUAACACAACAGGUAACAACACAACUACAGCCACACCUUCUGUCAGUAACACACAAGGUAACAACGCAACUACAGCUACACCCUCUGUCAGUAACACAACAGUUAACAACACAACUACAGCCACACCUUCUGUCAGUAAAACAACAGGUAACAACACAACUGUACCCACACCUACUGUCGGUAACACAACAGGUAACAACACAAUUACAGACUCACCUUCUGUCGAUAACACAACAGGUAACAACACAACUAUAGCCACACCUUCUGUCAGUAAAACAACAGGUAACUACACAACAACAGCUACACCUUCUGUCAGUAAAACAACAGAUAACAACACAACUACAGCCACACCUUCUGUCAGUAAAACAACAGGUAACAACACAACUACAGCCACAACUACAGCCACACCUUUCGUCAGUAACACAACAGGUAACAACGCAACUACAGCCACACCUUCUGUCAGUAAAACAACAGGUAACAACACAACUAUACCCACACCUUCCGUCAGUAACACAACAGCUAACAACACAACUACAGACACGCCUUCUGGCGGUAACACAACAGCUAACAACACAACUACAGCCACACCUUCUGUCAGUAAAACAACAGGUAACAACACAACUAUACCCACACCUUCUGUUGGUAACACAACAGCUAACAACACAACUACAUACACACCUUCUGUCGGUAACACAACAGCUAACAACACAACUACAGCCACACCCUCUGUCAGUAACACAACAGAUUACAACACAACUACAGCCACAACUACAACCACACCUUCUGUAACAAGACAAUUACAGCCACACCUUCUCCACAACUACAACCACACCUUCUGUCAGUAA